AUGUCUACUCGUCAGUCUGCCCUGAGCAUAGCACGCCUCGCAGCUCGCUACCCCUGCCGCCGGACGCUCGCAACAGCAGCACGAUCGGCGGAGCAGGUCCGCAUUGUCGAGGUUGGGCCAAGAGAUGGAUUGCAGAAUGAGAAGAAGGCGAUUGAGCUGGAGACUAAGAUUGAGUUCAUCAAGCGGUUGGCACAGACUGGACUCCGGACGAUAGAGGCUGGUUCUUUCGUCUCGCCGAAGUGGGUUCCUCAGAUGGCGAACUCCUCCGAUAUCCUCGAACACAUCCUCCAGCAACCGCCUCAAGCUCCGGAACCGAUAAACUACCAGUUCCUGUUACCGAACAGCUACGGGCUUGGUAACUUCCUCAAAGUGUACAAACACUACGGAGAUUCCGCACAGCCAGCAGCAGACACCGGCUACCCAACUCCGCCGCCCUCGCCCUCGCCCUCGGACAACGGCCCAGCCCUGAACACCUCGUCCCAAGACGCCAACGCCAUGCCCUCGGCCACCGACCCCACCGCUGCAAUGUCACAGCCCGUGAACUCAUCCCCAUCAUCAUCGUCCUCUUCCAGCUCCACACUCCCCGAAAUUGAGCUCUCAAUCUUCACCGCCGCCACCGAGACUUUCACCCAGAAGAACAUAAACUGCAGCAUCGCAGAGUCCCUCGAGCGCUUCAAGCCCAUCUUCGGCGCCGGCAAAGAAUACCGUCUGCGCGUGCGUGCCUACAUCUCCGUCGCGCUCGGAUGUCCAUUCGAGGGGCCCGACGUCGACCCGCACCAAGUGGCCGAUCUCGCCGUCUCUCUGCUCGAGAUGGGCGCGCACGAGAUCAGCGUCGCGGAUACGACAGGUAUGGGGACCGCGCCUAAGACGCAGGAGCUGCUGAAGACGCUGAAAGCGGCGGGCGUGGAUGCGGGGGAUUUGGCGCUGCAUUUUCAUGACACCUAUGGCAUGGCGCUGGUGAAUACGGUGGUCGGCUUGGAUCAUGGGGUCAGGACCUUCGAUGCGAGUGUGGCGGGGUUGGGGGGUUGUCCGUAUAGCCCGGGCGCGACGGGGAAUGUGGGGAGCGAGGAUAUGGUGCAUCUGUGUCAUAGCUUGGGCUUGAAGACGGGGGUGGAUAUUGAGAAGUUGAGUCGGGUCGGGGACUGGAUUGCGGGGGAGGUGGGGAAGGCGAAUGAGAGUCGAGCGGGUAAAGCGACAAUUGCGAGGCUGAAGAGGGACUCGUAA